GAUGAACAAGAUAGCACAGAACAUGAUCUUGAUAACCCAUCAUUGGCUCAAAUAACAAUAUUGUGGUUCAACAAACCUGUCGUUGAGAAACCAUCAUGCACGUCAUAAUGACUCCGGGACCUCCCGCCCACCGAAACAGCUCAGAGCGAAAUCGCUCCAUGUAAACACACACUGCCCAUUCUAUCAAUGCGUAGAAAACCUCACAUCUUUUCAAUCUUCCCUGCCAAAUCUCACAGCAACUGAAGUACGUUCAAGACAGCCACCAUGUCUCCAAGCGCUCAAGCACCGCCAACCAUAAUCUCCGCCUCGCAAACCCCCGAAGAAGAGGUAUAGUCCCGCCCAUUCCCCCCGAUCCUCUCAGGCAACACAAGCCACACCACAAAAGAAUCCAAAAUAAUCAUACUCACCCACCACCCUCACUCUAGCGCAACAUCACCACCGCCAAGCAAUACAUGGCCAUCGCCUACUCCCCGACCGAGAACCACGGCGCCGAGUCCGUCCGCCACCUCUGCCACCCAGACAGCUGGUUCUGGAGCCCGUCCACCUUCCCGGGCUGCUGCACCCCGAUGGACUACGCCGACUCGCACGCCACCGUCAUGCAGUCGGUUAACGACCUGCACAUCGUGCGCUACGAUCAGGCCUGGGCCAAGGACGGCCACGUCCUGCUCCGGUACACCGCCGAGGGGUCGCAUGCGGGGAGGCCGUACAAGGGGAUCGAGAGAUUCGACCCCCCCAAGCGGGCGCAGUGGAGCGCGGCGGCCAUCUUUGAGAUCAGCGAUGGGAAAGUCAAAAGCUUCACCAAGGACUGGGAUCAGAAGGUUAUGCAGAUCCAACUCGGUUGGGCGCCUGUGAAGGAGUCUGACGAUCCGCGGUGGAAGGCGGAGAUUUUGGCGGACCCUGAGAAGGGGCGGCAGGCGAAGUAGGGACGGAGGGUUGGGGAGACGGGGGGAAUAGUAAAUCUCGGAAAAUCCGCGGGUCCUUUCGGGUCGAUGUUCAUGUUGAUGGAGUAGAAUGGCGUGAU